GAUAUCACUGAGGGGAGAGAAGUCAUUCGGAGCUGGAUGAAGCUGACAAGGACACUGAGGGAGCAAAAUACACACAGAAGCCUUCCCUGACGACGUUGAGAAGUGAAGGAGUGCGUGCAUAAAGUGGAAAAGAAGAAGAGGAGGAGGAGGAGGAGACCGAACGGAGGUCGAGUUUGCAGGACUUGACUGACACGAAAGCGGAGCGGAGGAGGAGGAGAAGGAGGAGCAUGAGGGCAAGUUGAUGGAUUUGAUAUUGGAAGAGUAUUUUUAAAAGGAGGAGCGGAGACACAAGGGGGAUGUUUAUAUUAGAUGUACAGUCUUUGAGUGGAGGAAAAACAACUGAAGAAAAAGAAGAAGAAGAAGAAGAAGAUGUUGAGCUCAGAGUGUGACAGAACCGAUCAUCUCUGCUUUGAUGUCCUGCAGGAAACCGCUGUGAGUGCGUGUCCGUGUGUGCGCCCGAGUAUCUCCUUCUCCAUGUGAGAGUGUGCGAGCGUGUCUCUCACUGUGACUGAGCAGCAGCUCCGAGAUGAAGCUGCCCUGUGGUUACCUGGCUAACUGGGGGGUGAGACAAGGAGCAGACCAGUGACAUCACGAAGAAGUCGAGGCAUCAAAAGUGAGACCGCAAAGUGGGACAGAAAACCAAUGAGCACCGGAGACCUUUGUGAAAUAAAUUAAAUCACAGUGGCAAGGAAGUGAUUGCCGCCUUUGGCUCCGGAGCGCUUCUUUGAGCCGGUGCUGCCGAAAAGAACACACUCAAGUAUCAGAAGAAGAGAAACUACAGCGCUGGAACAAGGCAAGCUCUCCUCUCACAGACUGCACCACACCGACCCAUUCCCUUCGCUGUCGUCUCAUUAUUAUAAUUACCUUCUCUUUUAUAUUUUUUGUUUUUCCCCCCUCUCUGCUUAACCCUCGGUAUUUUGUAUUCCAUCCUCCUCUCUGCCUCACCCCUCCCCUCCUGUCUCAUCCUUUCUUGUUCACUGUCACACUAACUGCGGUGGAUGCUGUCAUCAGUCAUGUAGAAGCCACCUUGCUUGGAGCACAUUUGCCUCGCCGAAAAUGUCCCCCAUCCCCUGCUGUGUGGGAUGAUUGCAGCACUCUGGGAUUGAGAGAACACGGAGAGAUGACCAACAAGUAGCGGCUGAGUUUCUCCGAGCCCUCCCGGUAGAGGAAGGAUGACACACUGAUUUCCUUCAGGGUUCUUGUGGGUACUUCAUUUGCAUUUAGUAUUGCUUCAGUUAAGACUGCAGGGAUCAUUAGUACACUAUUCAUAAGACCAAACACAUAUCCAAGUGUGGAUUAAAGUAGUGGAUUUAUCCUGGAGCUACAUGUGGGCUCCAGCCCCUGGGGCCUGGCUGGGAAAUGAAGCCUUUCCUGCGGCUGUAGGAGCGUGCUGGGCAGCGAUGGCCCUGGAAGGGCGCUGUUUCCGGCGGGGAUCCCCUGCUAUGGUCAGAAAAGGUCGUCAGCGGCGUCCUACAAAGUCAAGUCUGGCUCGGGUCACUUCCACUCUGCUAUCAAGGACACGCCUGCACGGCCUGAGGCAUGUUUGCGUCCCUGGUGGGUCUGUUGGCCACAGGGUCUUUUGGCUGCUGGCCCUCUGCACCUCCCUGGGGCUGUUUUUAUCCUGGUCCUCAAACCGCCUCCUGCACUGGCUUUCCUUCCCCACGUACACACGGAUUCACACAGAGUGGGCCAAAGAACUGGCCUUCCCUACAGUCACUAUUUGCAACAACAACCCCAUCCGUAUCUACAAGCUAACCAAGAGUGACCUGUAUUUCGCCGGCCACUGGCUGGGCCUACUGCUGGCCAACCGGACCGUGAGGCCCAUGAUUCUGGACUUGCUUCAGGAGGACCGUCGGGCCUGGUUCGGGAAGCUGUCCGACUUCAGGCUCUUUCUGCCACCCAGAAACUUUGAAGGAACCAACCUGGAGUUCAUGGACAGACUGAGCCACCAACUGGAUGACAUGCUCCUCUCGUGCAAAUACAGAGGCGAGCCGUGUGGCGCUCACAACUUCUCCUCAGUGUUCACCAGGUACGGGAAGUGCUACAUGUUCAAUGCUGUCGAGGAAGGCAAGACACUCCGCACCACCAUGAAGGGAGGGACAGGAAACGGCCUGGAGAUCAUGCUGGACAUCCAGCAGGAUGAGUACCUGCCGGUGUGGGGGGACACAGAGGACACAGCCUUCGAGGCAGGUGUGCGUGUGCAGAUCCAUAGCCAGGCAGAGCCCCCGUUCGUUCACGAGCUGGGCUUCGGCGUGGCUCCUGGCUUCCAGACUUUUGUAGCCACACAGGAGCAGAGGCUGACCUACCUUCCUCCCCCGUGGGGAGAGUGCGAAUCGAAGGCUCUGGAGUCGGGCUUCUUCCAGGUCUACAGUGUGACCGCCUGCAGGAUCGACUGUGAGACGCGCUACAUCGUCGAGAACUGCAACUGCAGGAUGGUGCACAUGCCUGGCGAGGCUUCUUACUGCACGCCUGAGCAGUACAAAGACUGCGCCGAGCCAGCCCUUGCUAAACUGUCGGCCGUGGAGAGCAGUAACUGCAUGUGCAGGACGCCGUGCAACAUGACCCGCUACAACAAAGAGCUGUCCAUGGUCAAGAUCCCCAGCAAGACGUCCGCCCGCUACCUGCAGAAGAAGUUCAACAAGUCGGAGAAGUACAUCACAGACAACAUCUUAGUGCUGGACGUGUUCUUUGAGGCUUUAAACUAUGAGACCAUCGAGCAAAAGAAAGCUUACGAGGUGGCGGGCUUGCUGGGUGACAUUGGAGGCCAGAUGGGUCUGUUCAUUGGAGCCAGCAUCCUCACCAUCCUAGAGCUGUUUGACUAUGCUUAUGAGGUAGUGAAAGACAGACUACUGGAUUUACUGAGCAGAGAAGAGGAAGAGGAGAGUCAUGGAGAGGAUGUGAGUUCCUGUGACCCGGUAGCAAACCACUCGGAGUCGAUCAGCCACACGGUGACAGUCCCCCUGCAGACAACGCUGGGCACCUUGGAGGAGAUUGCCUGCUGAGGCCCUCCCCCCUUUGUCCCUCAGAGCCACGCACAACCAGAGGCUGCCUCCACGUGGUGGCGCCACAUCCUCUGUUAGGGCAUCCUGCAGGUCCCUAACAGGGGAGGGGAGGACAAGAACAGGGACUGGCCUCGGGACAGCCAUGCACUCUGUCAACCCGCCCUGUCUGAGGCACUAAUGGGGAUUAAGGAGCUGUCAGCUGGACUUAUCUGCCUUCUCGGUCAGCCUGCACUGUACUGUGGUGGGAGGGUGGCCUCCAUUGUGCCAGACCAGUGCAGUGGGGUCUGUGUCUCCACAUUCACACUCAUAGAAAAUCAGAGACUGUGCGGGACAGCUAUGAGGGGGACCAUCCCCUGUGCAGCAUAUCUAUGUAACAAACACAUUAAUAUGUCGCUCACUGCCAAAUGAACUGUACAAACUUGGUUUUGAACUGCAUGCGUCAAUCUAUUUUGCUCUCUUUGCUGAUGCAUAUGCUGGACUGCAGUGUUGCUUUACUGUACACGUGUGCAAUGUGUCUAUCUCUAUCUGCAGGGCAGGCCUGUGACGAAGGCCCAGGUGAGAUGUCAAACUUCGAAUGUACAGAUUGAAUUUAUGGUUGUUUAAAAUCAUAGUUCAGAUACAAAAGCAGAUGAAAAUUUAUUCUGAAGAGCAAUUCAUGAUUUCUUCGUUUGUUGUCCUUUAAGGGGAAGAGGGUUGAUGAUGUAUGACCAUCAUUGAGGGGAAAACAAUUCAAUGUAAUCACUAAAAACCGGGACAUUUUAAUAUUUUGCAGGAUGAAUUUUGCAUCAGUUUCGGUUUAGUCGGUUUACUAAAAGGCAUGUUUGCGAUGUGAAUUCAGGAGUGUUAAGCUGUUCCCUACAGACAUCUUUAAAGGGAUGUCAUACUCCUACUGUCAAUUUAUAUGAAUAAAUUGCUUCUAGCUGCUGCACCUCAACCCAGCACACAGCUGAGAGGUAAAUGUGAAUUUAUUUGCUUGUCAGACAGCCAUGUACAAAACACUGCUACAAAUGAAUAUGCCCAGACUGUUGUCAACCCAUUAUUUCAUUUAGAGAAUGUCAUUACCACUUUAUUAAAAGUGGCAUCAUUUCGUCAUUCACCAACAAACAAAAAAACACAAAAAUUUAAAACAAUUUUCAUGGUCAUAUAAAUGAUAACAAAGCACCAUGAGGAGGGUUCAUCUUGGAUUUGUUUUUGGAGUACAUGGUCUGCUACGAUGUGGUGUAAAUAUCUGUGGGGGGGAUGGGGUUGUCGUAGAAACGGGUACCACGCAUAUCUGAAUCAGAUUUAAUCUAAAAGAAAUUCAGUAAAACAUUCACUCCAGGUGCAGAAGUGACUUCAUAUUUGUGAAAUUUGUUUUUCCAUAAUGUUACUCUUUAGGUGAAAAUGUGACGUAACAGGAGGCAGUCGCAUUACGAGGGAAGUUGAAUGUCAUGCUUGCCAUAAAGGAAACACUUUUGUAUGAGCACCAGACUUCCUCUUCAAUACAGGUCUCUCUGAACCUUCAGUGUCCUCAGAAAACAAGAGUUACAGAUACGGCUUCACACCAAAAGCUUGUGUUAGAUGAUGUGGAAAAUGUAGUGCAUAAGAGUCCGUGAUCAUGCUCGCUUGGUCUCUGUCAACCUGGUAAUAUGCAUUACAGGUAGGAAUGAAUUCAAGUGCUUUGUGAGACUAUUUGAAUUAUGAUUUCCCAUCUGUGGCUCAACCUGCUGCCUGUGUGUACUGUCUUAUGUCGUGGCUUCAGACGGACACGCUCUUCAGCCGACCUGCAGGGGUAUGAGACGGACGCGUCUCGCGUCUCUUGGUGGGAACGACCGAUUCUCGUCUCUACUUUGGCUUCAAUUGUUUCCGCAGGACAGCGUUUUCUCAUUUUGUGAUGCAGCAUACAGUGUGUGUUUUUAAUGUGAAACGAUUAAAUUAAAAAGUUGUUUUGCAGC